AUGGAUGCAGUGAGUUGUUCUUGGGUUUCUGAACAACCUCCAGCUUGCCAAGAAGAAAGAGCAAACGCACCCAUUCCACGGCAGAAGAAACUGAGAAGCCUUCUAGUUACAACUGAAAAUAAUUCUCCACUGGAAGAUGUCUCAAAAUAUGUGGACAUUAAUAUUACUCUGCUUUCUCAAGAUGAGAAAACAAAGACAUUGAGUAGGUGUCCUGCUGGGAAGCAGUUUCCCAAAAGUUCUUCUCUUAUUUCCCAUCAGAGGAUUCACACUGGUGAGAAGCCCUAUGACUGUAGCCACUGUGGAAAAGAAUUCAAUCAUGAAACAAACCUUAAUAAGCACAAAUGAAUCCAUACAGGGGAGAAACCCUAUUCCUGUUCUCAGUGUGGUAGAAACUUUGAUCAGAAUUUUCAUCAGAGUCGCCAUGAAGGAAUUCAUGUAGGGGAGAAAAUACUUUAGUGUCCAAAAUGGGGGAAAACCUUCCCCCAAAAUGAAGAAUUUGUAGUUCAUCUGCAGAAUCAUGAGGCUGAGAGAUCAUACACAUUGCAACAAUAA